CGCGCGCGCCAGGAGCGUUUCCAGAAGCAGUAUGAACACAGCCGCAGGGAAGCUCAUGCUGCAGAGCCUGCAACAGUAUCACACAGAAAAAACCUGGCAGGUCAUAUUUGUAUUGCAAAAAUAAAUAGACAAAAAAAAUUGUAUUUCAUAUCCUAAAUGGCAUGCUAUGAGGCCGCCCACGACAGAUCUUUCUGUGUAUUUAUCUUUGCAUUACAAAUCUGCCCUGCCAGCUUUUUUCUGUGGGAUAAACAGGGAGAGAUGCUGAGCACCAGCUGCACGAGCGGGAGGCAAAGCUCGUAUGGAAUGAAAAAGCAUCGUACUUCGAGUAGAACAUGACAAAAUCCCUCAGCAUGAAAAAUGGAAUUUGUUACGCGGAUUUAGGUUAAGAAGGAGAUUUGUAAUGCAUGGCUGCGAUAAUUACUACGAGUACGAUACUUUUGUACAGGAUAGCUCGAAGUCGUCGACAACGUGGGGAGGUGGGUCCAUGAGUUGCAGAGACCACAUGUACUCCAACUUCGGUGCGCUCAGCGGAGGACCAGAGGGAGUACCACCUGUACCACUACCUCCACCAAGCCCGCCUUCGCUCGACAAGGUUCGCGGCAGCUCCGUUUUGCGAGGACAAUUUUUAUCGGAUCAUUUCUUCGGCGAAGGAAACAAUAAUCUGAAUCCAGGAUCAUCCCCCUCCGUGGUCACGGGCGACGCCGUUGGAGGCUGCACCAGUUCUACUUCCGCCGCAAAAAUAUUAACGGAAUCAUACGUCAGUAGCCCUCCUGUCGGGCCGCUGCUGUCUCAGCACAAAUUUUCCUCCGAGCCCGUAGCCGCAUUAAAAACAACUCAGGGAACGACCAGUGCUAUAUCUUCACCAACUGGUGGAACUCGAAAUAAAUUCCC